UGGCCUGCGAUUGGCCAGGCGGCGUCAAUCUCCGCGUUCCCCGCCCCGCGGCGCUAGUACCCCAGCGGUUGGGUUUGAGGGUCUGGUCGCGGCCGCUUCAUGGCGUGGGUGGUGCAGGGCUCUGCAGGUGACGGGGGCGAAGCGAGGGCCAUUGCGGCCUAGAGUUCCAAAAGAUGAGUCGUGGAUAUUCAGAAAACAACAAUUUCCUAAACAAUAACAACCAGAUGGUAUUGGACAUGAUCCUUUACCCAUUAAUUGGAAUCCACCAGGCCAUCAAUUGGGAAACUGUGGCAAGGCUUGUGCCUGGAUUAACACCCAAAGAGUGUGCAAAGAGGUUUGAUGAGCUGAAGAGCAGUGGAAGUUCACCUGUGGACAACCAGUAUAGUCCCCUCAUGGCUGCCGGAGAGAGUCCUGUUGAAACUUUAGCCACAUACAUCAGAUCCUCGCUUCUUGACACACAAGGAGAAUUUCAGGAGACUCCAGUUGGUCAGGAUGCAGUUUCUAAAACAGGAAGACAUAGUAUAGCUUCCACAAGGAAUUGUUCUUCAGAAAGUGAAAAUUGUACUACUCAUAAUGGUGGAGAAAAGACUGAAGAAUCUGAAGGGCCAAACAUGGUGAUCCAUGUAUGUGAUGAAGCAAAAAACUUGAAAGAAGAUUUUAUUUGCCCACGAGAUCUUUUGAUAUCAGAAAUGAAGUACUUUGCUGAAUAUUUAUCUGUGGAUGCCCAGCGCUGGGAAGAGGUGGACAUUUCAGUUCAUUGUGACGUUCACAUUUUCAACUGGUUGAUAAAAUAUGUUAAAAGGAACACUAAGGAGAAUAAAGAUUGUGAGAUGCCCACUUUAGAGCCAGGAAAUGUCAUUUCAAUUCUUAUUUCUUCAGAGUUUUUGAAAAUGGAUUCACUGGUUGAACAGUGUAUACAGUAUUGCCACAAAAAUAUGAAUGCCAUUGUAGCUACUCCAUGCAACAUGAACUGUAUUAAUGCAAAUCUUCUUACACGUAUAGCUGAUCUGUUUACACACAAUGAAGUUGAUGAUUUAAAGGACAAGAAAGAUAAGUUUAGGAGUAAACUUUUUUGUAAGAAGAUUGAGAGACUGUUUGAUCCUGAGUACUUGAAUCCAGAUUCUCGGAAUAAUGCAGCAACAUUAUACAGGUGCUGUUUGUGUAAGAAACUUCUAACAAAAGAAACAGAAAGAAGAAUUCCUUGCAUUCCUGGAAAAAUCAAUGUGGAUCAGCAUGGAAAUAUUAUAUACAUUCAUAUAAGAGAUAAGACUUGGGAUGUUCAUGAAUAUUUGAAUAGUCUUUUUGAAGAAUUAAAAUCUUGGAGAGAUGUAUAUUGGCGCUUGUGGGGAACAGUCAACUGGCUAACUUGUUCAAGAUGUUAUCAGACUUUUCUGUGCAUAGAGUUUUCACACUGUCAGUAUCACUCAGAGACAGUGAUUUAUCCUACUGCAGGAAGUUCGCUGAGUUCUGUUGGCACUGGAAUUUAUCCCUGCUGUAACCAAAAAGUUCUUCGAUUUGACCCCACUCAGCUUACAAAGGGUUGUAAAGUAAAGGACCAUAUGGUUACUCUUCGUGAUCAAGGUGAAGGUGAAGAUUUGCUGUCCUGUCCAACUGCCAAAAUACUGGAUGAUCUGCACAAACACAAAGAUGUCAUCCUUGUGCCUUUUGCUAAAGAUACAAUUAGUGAUUCUGGUGGUCCCUGUGAUGAAAAGGGUCUAGACUGUGAUGUUUUACUGGAGCCAAAUACACCUUGGGGCCCCAAGAGUGGGGAGCUUAAUGCUUUCUUAUCACUGAAAAACUGGACUCUGCAGCUGAAACAACAGUCAUUAUUUUCAGAAGAAGAAGAAUAUACCACUGGGUCCGAGGUCACUGAAGAUGAAGUUGGAGAUGAAGAAGAAGUAUCCAAGAAACAAAGAAAAAAGGAGAAGCCAAAGAAGUUCGCUAAACAACCAAAAAAGCAGAUGUCUUCACCCUGUGGUCAGAAGAAAGAAAAGGCACUGGAGAAGGAAGGAGUAAAAAGCCAGUCAACUUCUAGAGAUGUGUCUCCUUUCAUUGUGAGUAUGCAGAAGAAUAAGUGGGAUGCCACAAGAUCCUUGAGAUUCAACCAAGAUGCACAAAGAGAAGAUGAUCAGCGGCGGAUGUCUGAAAUUACUGGGCACCUAAUAAAGAUGAGAUUGGGAGAUCUCGAUCGAGUCAGGUCAAGGGAAGCCAAAGAAUUUGCAGGAGGUAUUUAUUCCAGGCUUGAAGCACAAAUCAAGGCCUCAGUGCCAGUCAGUGCUCGGCAGAGCAGCUCGGAAAAAAACACAAGGUCUAAAAGUCGUCUUGGUCAAGGUCGUCCUAUGUAAAGUACCUUAAAAUAUAAGAAGACAGAAGACAUACCUCUGGACACUUGAAAUUGCUUACUUGAAGAUCUUCGGAAUGAUUACUUCUAAAUGUUUUAAGUUAUUUAUUAAAUAUUCUUGCAAACCACAUAAAUCUAGUGGUAAGGGAAAUAUAUAAGUUAAGUCUUAUGAAAUUAUAAAUAUGAAACUUCUUAAAUCUGAUUUUCCUUUGGUAUUGAGAGAAUUCAUUCUUAAGUAGGUUGAUAAGGAGUCUGGGGCCCUCACAGAGGAGGAAGGGAUCUGGGGCCCUCGAGAAGGAGAAAGGGGUCUGGAGCUCUCAAGGAGAAAAGGACAAACAUUUUUUUUUCUACAUUAGUCACAUAAAACAUUUUUUCUUUAAG